GGCCGCGGCGGCGGCGGCGGCGGCAGCGGCGGCGGCAGCGGCGGCGGCGCGGGGGUUGAGCCGUGGUGGUGCGGACGCGCUCGUGCUCGGGAACUAUCGGAUUAAACUUGAAUCGAGUGAAAUUACACAAAGGAGCGCCGCGGAGGAGGCGGCCCGGGGACCCGGAGACCCUGAAACUCACCAGAGCCCCCGUUCGCCCCCGGCCAACUCCGUGCCCGUGGAUUCAGCCCCCUGGCCGCAGCUGCCGAGCCAACUCCGGAGCCCGCUCUGCGUUUUGUUUUCCCCUCGGCACUAGGCAGCGGAGGAGCCCGACCGACCCGGACCUAUAUCCAGACUUUGCCUGACACUGCAGGGUCCAAGAGAAUUAAAGAAAUAUGGAAUGACAUGAAGAAGAUUAGUUAAGGAUUAUAGGCUUUGAGGGCAAACACCUCAGUGAAGUGAAGCACAGGCAAGCUCCUGAGCUGUGGUUUGGAGGAGCCGUGUGUUGGAAGAAGAUGGCAGAUCCAGGAAUGAUGAGUCUUUUUGGCGAGGAUGGGAAUAUUUUCAGUGAAGGUCUUGAAGGCCUCGGAGAAUGUGGUUACCCGGAAAAUCCAGUAAAUCCUAUGGGUCAGCAAAUGCCAAUAGACCAAGGCUUUGCCUCUUUACAGCCAUCCCUUCAUCAUCCUUCUACUAAUCAAAAUCAAACAAAGCUGACACAUUUUGAUCACUAUAAUCAGUAUGAACAACAAAAGAUGCAUCUGAUGGAUCAGCCGAACAGAAUGAUGAGCAACACCCCUGGGAACGGACUCGCGUCUCCGCACUCGCAGUAUCACACCCCACCCGUUCCUCAGGUGCCCCAUGGUGGCAGUGGUGGCGGUCAGAUGGGUGUCUACCCUGGCAUGCAGAAUGAGAGGCAUGGGCAAUCCUUUGUGGACAGCAGCUCCAUGUGGGGCCCCAGGGCUGUUCAGGUACCAGACCAGAUACGAGCCCCCUACCAGCAGCAGCAGCCACAACCACAGCCACCGCAGCCAGCUCCGUCAGGGCCCCCUGCACAGGGCCACCCUCAGCACAUGCAGCAGAUGGGCAGCUAUAUGGCACGUGGGGAUUUUUCCAUGCAGCAGCAUGGUCAGCCACAGCAGAGGAUGAGCCAGUUUUCCCAAGGCCAAGAAGGCCUCAAUCAGGGGAAUCCUUUUAUUGCCACCUCAGGACCCGGCCACUUGUCCCACGUGCCCCAGCAGAAUCCCAGCAUGGCACCUUCCUUGCGUCACUCGGUGCAGCAGUUCCAUCACCACCCCCCUACUGCUCUCCAUGGAGAAUCAGUUGCCCACAGUCCCAGAUUCUCCCCGAAUCCUCCCCAACAAGGGGCUGUUAGGCCACAAACCCUUAACUUUAGUUCUCGGAGCCAGACAGUCCCCUCUCCUACUAUAAACAACUCAGGGCAGUAUUCUCGAUAUCCUUACAGUAACCUAAAUCAGGGAUUAGUUAACAAUACAGGGAUGAAUCAAAAUUUAGGCCUUACAAAUAAUACUCCAAUGAAUCAGUCCGUACCAAGAUACCCCAAUGCUGUAGGAUUCCCAUCAAACAGUGGUCAAGGACUAAUGCACCAGCAGCCCAUCCACCCCAGUGGCUCACUUAACCAAAUGAACACACAAACUAUGCAUCCUUCACAGCCUCAGGGAACUUAUGCCUCUCCACCUCCCAUGUCACCCAUGAAAGCAAUGAGUAAUCCAGCAGGCACUCCUCCUCCACAAGUCAGGCCGGGAAGUGCUGGGAUACCAAUGGAAGUUGGCAGUUAUCCAAAUAUGCCCCAUCCUCAGCCAUCUCACCAGCCCCCUGGUGCCAUGGGAAUCGGACAGAGGAAUAUGGGCCCCAGAAACAUGCAGCAGUCUCGUCCAUUUAUAGGCAUAUCCUCGGCACCAAGGGAGUUGACUGGGCACAUGAGGCCAAAUGGUUGUCCUGGUGUUGGCCUUGGAGACCCACAAGCAAUCCAGGAACGACUGAUACCUGGCCAACAACAUCCUGGUCAACAGCCGUCUUUUCAGCAGUUGCCAACCUGUCCUCCACUGCAGCCCCACCCGGGCUUGCACCACCAGUCUUCACCCCCACACCCUCAUCACCAGCCUUGGGCACAGCUCCACCCAUCACCCCAGAACACCCCGCAGAAAGUGCCUGUGCAUCAGCAUUCUCCGUCGGAGCCCUUUCUAGAGAAACCAGUGCCGGAUAUGACUCAGGUUAGUGGACCGAAUGCUCAGCUAGUGAAGAGUGAUGAUUACCUGCCAUCAAUAGAACAGCAGCCACAACAAAAGAAGAAGAAAAAGAAAAACAACCACAUUGUAGCAGAGGAUCCCAGUAAAGGUUUUGGUAAAGAUGACUUCCCUGGUGGGGUAGAUAACCAAGAACUAAAUAGGAACUCACUGGAUGGGUCCCAAGAAGAAAAAAAGAAAAAGAAAAGGUCAAAGGCAAAAAAAGAUCCGAAGGAACCGAAAGAACCCAAGGAGAAAAAAGAGCCCAAGGAACCCAAGACCCCGAAAGCCCCUAAGAUUCCCAAAGAGCCAAAGGAAAAGAAAGCAAAAACUGCCACGCCAAAACCCAAAUCCAGCAAAAAGUCAAGUAAUAAGAAACCUGACUCAGAAGCAAGUGCUUUGAAGAAAAAGGUCAACAAGGGAAAAACAGAAGGUUCUGAAAAUUCAGACUUAGAUAAAACACCCCCACCAUCUCCUCCUCCUGAAGAAGACGAGGACCCAGGUGUUCAGAAGAGACGGUCCAGCAGACAGGUGAAGAGAAAGCGCUACACUGAAGACCUGGAGUUCAAGAUUUCCGAUGAGGAGGCAGAUGAUGCAGAUGCUGCUGGGAGGGAUUCCCCCUCCAACACCUCGCAGUCAGAACAGCAGGAAUCUGUUGAUGCAGAAGGCCCCGUGGUAGAAAAAAUUAUGAGCAGUCGUUCAGUAAAAAAGCAGAAGGAAUCUGGAGAGGAGGUAGAAAUUGAGGAAUUCUAUGUGAAAUACAAAAACUUCUCUUAUCUUCAUUGUCAGUGGGCAUCCGUAGAAGACCUGGAAAAAGAUAAGAGAAUUCAGCAAAAAAUUAAACGAUUUAAGGCAAAGCAGGGCCAGAACAAGUUCCUUUCAGAGAUUGAGGAUGAGCUUUUUAAUCCAGAUUAUGUGGAGGUUGACCGGAUAAUGGACUUUGCACGUAGCACAGAUGACCGGGGAGAGCCUGUGACUCACUAUCUGGUGAAGUGGUGUUCACUUCCUUAUGAAGACAGCACAUGGGAGCGGAGGCAGGACAUAGAUCAAGCAAAGAUCGAGGAGUUUGAGAAACUAAUGUCCAGGGAGCCGGAAACAGAGCGUGUGGAGCGACCUCCUGCUGAUGAUUGGAAGAAAUCGGAGAGUUCCAGGGAGUAUAAAAACAAUAACAAACUCAGGGAAUACCAGUUGGAGGGAGUAAACUGGCUACUUUUCAAUUGGUACAACAUGCGAAACUGCAUUUUAGCAGAUGAAAUGGGUUUGGGAAAAACUAUCCAGUCCAUUACAUUUCUCUAUGAGAUAUAUUUGAAAGGAAUCCAUGGCCCUUUUUUAGUAAUUGCCCCAUUGUCCACAAUCCCCAACUGGGAAAGGGAAUUCCGAACCUGGACAGAGUUGAACGUGGUUGUGUAUCAUGGGAGUCAAGCUAGUCGUCGGACCAUUCAGUUGUAUGAAAUGUACUUCAAAGAUCCCCAGGGUCGAGUGAUAAAGGGGUCCUAUAAGUUUCAUGCCAUCAUCACUACAUUUGAGAUGAUUUUGACUGAUUGUCCUGAGCUGCGGAAUAUUCCAUGGCGCUGUGUAGUCAUUGAUGAAGCCCACAGGCUGAAGAACAGGAACUGCAAGCUGUUGGAGGGACUCAAGAUGAUGGACUUGGAACACAAAGUGCUGCUGACGGGAACCCCACUCCAGAACACUGUGGAAGAACUCUUCAGCUUGCUUCAUUUCUUGGAACCAAGUCGCUUCCCUUCAGAAACCACAUUUAUGCAAGAAUUUGGUGAUCUAAAAACAGAAGAGCAGGUGCAAAAACUUCAAGCUAUUCUAAAGCCAAUGAUGUUGAGACGUCUCAAAGAGGAUGUAGAAAAGAACUUGGCCCCCAAAGAAGAAACUAUUAUUGAAGUUGAGCUAACAAAUAUUCAGAAGAAAUAUUACCGAGCCAUCCUUGAGAAGAAUUUCACAUUUCUUUCCAAAGGCGGUGGGCAAGCUAACGUACCUAACCUGUUAAACACUAUGAUGGAAUUGCGGAAGUGCUGCAAUCAUCCGUACCUUAUUAAUGGUGCUGAAGAGAAAAUUUUGGAAGAGUUUAAAGAAACACACAAUGCAGAGUCUCCAGAUUUUCAGCUCCAGGCAAUGAUCCAGGCUGCUGGCAAGCUAGUGCUGAUUGACAAGCUGCUGCCAAAACUGAAGGCUGGUGGCCACAGGGUGCUUAUCUUUUCCCAGAUGGUGCGCUGCUUGGACAUACUGGAAGACUACCUCAUUCAAAGACGGUACCCAUAUGAAAGGAUUGACGGCCGAGUAAGAGGCAACCUCCGCCAGGCGGCUAUCGACAGAUUCUCCAAACCUGAUUCUGAUAGGUUUGUUUUCCUCCUGUGUACAAGGGCAGGAGGUUUAGGCAUUAACCUCACUGCUGCUGAUACCUGCAUCAUCUUUGAUUCAGACUGGAAUCCCCAAAAUGACCUCCAGGCUCAGGCUAGAUGUCAUAGAAUAGGACAGAGCAAAUCUGUGAAAAUCUACAGGCUGAUUACAAGAAAUUCCUAUGAAAGGGAAAUGUUUGACAAGGCUAGUUUGAAGCUGGGGCUGGAUAAAGCUGUGCUACAGUCUAUGAGUGGAAGAGAAAAUGCUACCAAUGGGGUACAACAGCUUUCCAAGAAAGAAAUAGAGGAUCUUCUACGAAAAGGGGCCUAUGGUGCACUCAUGGAUGAGGAGGAUGAAGGGUCUAAAUUCUGUGAAGAAGAUAUUGAUCAGAUCCUCCUACGUCGAACCCACACCAUUACCAUUGAGUCGGAAGGGAAAGGUUCCACGUUUGCUAAGGCCAGUUUUGUUGCAUCUGGAAAUAGGACAGAUAUUUCCUUGGAUGAUCCAAAUUUCUGGCAAAAGUGGGCUAAGAAGGCUGAAUUGGAUAUUGAUGCCUUAAAUGGGAGGAACAACCUGGUUAUUGAUACUCCAAGAGUGAGAAAGCAGACCAGGCUCUACAGUGCAGUGAAGGAAGAUGAGCUGAUGGAGUUCUCAGACUUGGAAAGUGAUUCUGAAGAAAAGCCCUGCGCAAAGCCACGGCGCCCCCAGGAUAAGUCACAGGGCUAUGCAAGGAGUGAGUGUUUCAGGGUGGAGAAGAAUCUGCUUGUCUAUGGUUGGGGACGGUGGACAGACAUUCUUUCCCACGGACGCUAUAAACGCCAGCUCACUGAGCAAGAUGUCGAAACUAUCUGCAGAACCAUCCUGGUAUACUGUCUUAAUCAUUACAAAGGCGAUGAGAAUAUCAAAAGCUUCAUCUGGGAUCUGAUCACACCCACAGCGGAUGGCCAGACUCGAGCCUUGGUCAACCAUUCUGGUUUAUCAGCCCCUGUGCCAAGGGGAAGGAAGGGAAAGAAGGUGAAAGCCCAGAGCACACAGCCGGUGGUGCAGGAUGCCGACUGGCUGGCCAGCUGCAACCCAGAUGCCCUGUUCCAGGAGGACAGCUACAAGAAACACCUGAAGCAUCACUGUAACAAGGUCCUGCUGCGUGUCCGCAUGCUGUACUACCUAAGACAAGAAGUGAUAGGAGACCAGGCAGAUAAGAUCUUAGAGGGUGCUGACUCAAGUGAAGCCGAUGUGUGGAUCCCUGAACCUUUCCAUGCUGAAGUUCCUGCAGAUUGGUGGGAUAAGGAAGCAGACAAAUCCCUCUUAAUUGGAGUGUUCAAACAUGGCUAUGAGAAGUACAACUCCAUGCGAGCUGACCCCGCACUGUGCUUUCUGGAACGAGUUGGUAUGCCUGAUGCCAAGGCCAUAGCUGCCGAGCAAAGAGGAACAGACAUGCUAGCAGAUGGUGGUGACGGGGGAGAAUUUGAUAGAGAAGAUGAAGACCCAGAAUAUAAACCAACCAGAACACCAUUCAAAGAUGAAAUAGAUGAAUUUGCAAAUUCUCCUCCAGAGGAUAAGGAAGAAUCCAUGGAAAUACAUGCCACAGGCAAGCACAGUGAGAGUAAUGCUGAGUUAGGCCAACUUUACUGGCCUAACACUUCAACCCUGACUACACGUCUGCGCCGGCUCAUUACUGCCUAUCAGCGCAGCUAUAAAAGGCAACAGAUGAGGCAAGAGGCCCUAAUGAAGACUGACCGGCGCAGACGGCGGCCUCGAGAGGAAGUGAGAGCUCUGGAAGCGGAAAGGGAAGCUAUUAUAUCUGAGAAGCGGCAAAAGUGGACAAGAAGAGAAGAGGCUGAUUUUUACCGUGUGGUAUCUACCUUUGGGGUUAUUUUUGACCCUGUGAAACAGCAAUUUGACUGGAAUCAAUUUCGAGCCUUUGCCAGGCUUGACAAAAAGUCUGAUGAAAGUUUGGAGAAAUACUUCAGUUGUUUUGUGGCCAUGUGUAGGCGAGUAUGUCGAAUGCCUGUCAAGCCAGAUGAUGAACCGCCAGACCUCUCCUCCAUAAUUGAGCCGAUCACAGAGGAGCGAGCCUCUCGAACUCUGUACCGCAUUGAGCUACUACGGAAGAUCCGCGAGCAGGUUCUCCAUCACCCCCAGCUGGGAGAGAGGCUUAAGCUCUGCCAGCCAAGCUUGGAUCUGCCAGAGUGGUGGGAGUGUGGACGGCAUGACCGAGACUUGCUGGUUGGUGCUGCUAAACAUGGGGUCAGUCGGACAGAUUAUCACAUCCUCAAUGACCCUGAGUUAUCCUUCUUGGAUGCACAUAAAAACUUUGCUCAAAACAGAGGAGCAGGUAAUACAUCUUCCUUGAACCCACUGGCAGUUGGAUUUGGCCAGACUCCUCCAGUCAUGUCAUCUGCUCACAUUCAAGAUGAGAAGGUACUGGAACAAGCGGAAGGCAAAGUGGAGGAGUCUGAAAACUCAACUGCCAAGGAGAAAGGUGAGGGCAAAGAAGAGGAAGAAGAAACCGACGGCAGCGGAAAGGAGAGCAAGCGGGAAUGUGAGGCGGAGGCCAGCUCUGCGAAAAAUGAACUGAAAGGUGUCGAGGUCGGCAUAGAUGCUGGGUCCAAAUCUAUCUCAGAGAAAGGUUCCGAAGAGGAUGAAGAGGAAAAGCUGGAGGAUGACGAUAAGUCGGAAGAGUCUUCCCAGCCUGAAGGAGCUGUCUCUAGAGGGAAGAAUUUUGAUGAAGAAAGCAAUGCUUCCAUGAGCACUGCUAGAGAUGAAACCCGAGAUGGAUUCUACAUGGAGGACGGAGAUCCUUCAGUAGCUCAGCUCCUUCAUGAAAGAACAUUUGCCUUCUCAUUUUGGCCUAAGGAUAGAGUAAUGAUAAACCGAUUAGACAACAUCUGUGAAGCAGUGUUGAAAAGCAAAUGGCCAGUAAAUAGGCGCCAGAUGUUUGAUUUCCAAGGCCUCAUCCCAGGUUACACACCCACCACAGUGGACAGCCCCUUGCAGAAGAGGAGCUUUGCUGAGCUCUCCAUGGUCGGCCAAGCCAGCAUUAGUGGGAGUGAGGACCUCACUACUUCUCCUCAGUUAUCAAAAGAAGAUGCCCUCAACCUCUCUGUCCCUCGCCAGCGGAGGAGGAGGAGGAGAAAAAUCGAAAUUGAGGCCGAAAGAGCUGCCAAGAGGCGAAAUCUCAUGGAGAUGGUUGCCCAGCUUCGAGAGUCUCAGGUGGUCUCAGAAAAUGGACAAGAAAAAGUUGUAGAUUUAUCGAAGGCCUCAAGAGAGGCAACAAGCUCUACCUCAAAUUUUUCAUCUCUUUCUUCAAAGUUUAUCUUGCCUAAUGUCUCGACACCAGUGUCUGAUGCCUUUAAGACUCAAAUGGAACUGCUCCAAGCAGGCCUUUCGCGCACACCCACAAGGCAUCUCCUUAAUGGCUCCCUAGUGGAUGGAGAGCCUCCCAUGAAGAGGAGGCGGGGAAGGAGGAAAAAUGUGGAGGGCCUUGAUCUGCUUUUCAUGAGCCACAAACGGACGUCAUUGAGUGCAGAGGAUGCUGAGGUGACCAAAGCUUUUGAAGAAGAUAUAGAGACCCCACCAACAAGAAACAUUCCUUCUCCCGGACAGCUGGACCCAGACACACGGAUCCCUGUUAUCAAUCUCGAAGAUGGGACAAGGCUGGUGGGGGAAGAUGCUCCUAAAAAUAAGGAUUUAGUUGAAUGGCUGAAGCUGCACCCUACUUACACUGUUGAUAUGCCAAGUUAUGUACCAAAGAAUGCAGAUGUGCUAUUUUCCUCAUUUCAGAAACCGAAACAGAAACGACAUAGAUGUCGAAACCCUAAUAAAUUGGAUAUAAACACUUUGACGGGAGAAGAAAGGGUGCCUGUUGUCAAUAAACGAAAUGGGAAGAAGAUGGGUGGAGCUAUGGCGCCUCCGAUGAAGGAUCUACCCAGGUGGCUAGAAGAAAAUCCUGAAUUUGCAGUUGCUCCAGACUGGACUGAUAUAGUUAAGCAAUCUGGUUUUGUUCCCGAGUCGAUGUUUGACCGCCUUCUCACUGGGCCUGUGGUGCGGGGAGAGGGAGCGAGCAGAAGAGGAAGAAGGCCCAAAAGUGAGAUCGCCAGAGCAGCCGCGGCCGCUGCUGCUGUGGCCUCCACGUCAGGGAUCAACCCUUUGCUGGUGAACAGCCUGUUUGCUGGAAUGGACCUGACGAGCCUUCAGAAUCUCCAGAAUCUCCAGUCGCUCCAGCUGGCAGGCCUCAUGGGCUUCCCUCCAGGACUGGCAACAGCUGCCACCGCCGGAGGCGAUGCGAAGAACCCUGCUGCUGUGCUGCCCCUGAUGCUGCCAGGAAUGGCGGGCCUGCCCAACGUGUUUGGCUUGGGCGGGCUGUUGAAUAACCCUCUGUCAGCUGCUACUGGAAACACCACUACUGCUUCUAGUCAAGGAGAACCGGAAGACAGCACUUCAAAAGGAGAGGAGAAAGGAAAUGAGAAUGAAGACGAGAACAAAGACUCUGAGAAAAGCACAGAUGCUGUUUCGGCUGCUGACUCUGCGAAUGGAUCUGUUGGUGCUGCUACUGCCCCGGCCGGAUUGCCCUCAAACCCACUAGCCUUCAACCCUUUCCUCCUGUCCACCAUGGCCCCAGGCCUCUUCUACCCAUCCAUGUUUCUACCUCCAGGACUGGGGGGAUUGACGCUGCCUGGGUUCCCAGCAUUGGCAGGACUUCAGAAUGCCGUGGGCUCGAGCGAAGAAAAGGCUGCUGCUGACAAGGCCGAGGGAGGACCCUUUAAAGAUGGAGAGACCCUUGAAGGCAGCGAUGCCGAGGAGAGCCUGGAUAAGACUGCAGAGUCCUCCCUCUUAGAAGACGAAAUAGCACAGGGUGAAGAGCUAGACUCACUUGAUGGGGGGGACGAAAUAGAAAACAAUGAAAAUGAUGAAUAACCAGUACCAGUUCCAGUUCAAGUGUUUAAAACUUUUGACAAGUGGUAGUCCUACUGUUUACACUCACAGUUAAUGUUCAUACCUAGUUUUAUAAGCUGUUCUGUAACAUAGUGUAGCAAAAAAAAAAAAAGUUCAAGUCAUGUUAUACAGGUGUGUCAAAAGGUAUCUUGGUCAUUAAGUAUUGUGCAGUGCAUUAUUUAUUAUCCCUAGGAGAGAUGAAAUUUGAGAGGUGAUCAUGUCUUUUUAAGGAAACUUACAUAAUGCUCUGCUUUUUUUUUUCUCUUGGUACCAUUGGUAUUAUAAUAAAGAGCAAUUUGUAACUGAGUGGCACUAAUGGAAGAAGGUGCUGCUCAAAGGAAGUAUGAAGUUAUAUAUUUAAUUUUUUAAUUUUAAUUUUUAAUUUUUUUGCUGUGAAGGUCAAGCUGAAAUUUACCAUACAUAUCAUCCUUGCUCAUUUGUUUCCCUUUUUGACUGUAUGGGGUUCCCACACUCGCGCAUCCACACACAUCCACCCACUCUGACAAUCUCCACGCUAGUGUGAACGCCUCUGUCCCGAGGCGCAGCAAUAAUAAGGCAGCUGUUGAAUGUGAAGGGUCCCUUUGGAAAACUCACCUACUGGGAGGGUUCUUGCCAGACAGAACUACAGUUCCAUUGUCUUGUGGUCUUGUAAUGCACUGGUAAAAACAAAAUAAAUAGAUGAAUAAAUAAAGAGUGAGAGAAGAGAGAAUCAGGUACCUUUUUUAAAUUAAAGGACUUUGUUACUUUAGCCACAAAGCUAAAACAGCAUUACCUCAGCUCUAAACUAGCCUUGAAGUUUACAGACAUGACUUUGUAAAUGUAUUGUUUUUCUUUGUUGUGAUGUCCUUUUAUUUUUUUCUUGGAAAACUGCUAUCAUGUAAGAUAAAAUGUAAAUUGCUGCCAACUGUAGUAAUGAUGCUUUUAAUAAAAGUGACCCAUGAUAUGCAGAGAUGUAAUUAUAGAAUGUAGUAUAUAGGGAAACUGGUGUUCACUCUAUUUUUUGUAUUCGCAAUAGAUGCAAAUACAGCAUUCUGGCUUUUGUAGUUUCUUGAUAUAUCCUCUUAUACUAGAUUAGCUUUUAGUAAUACACUAAACUGUCUCCAAGACUAGACAGGAAAGAAAACCUUGAAUUACUCUCACAUAAUUCCACUCCAGAUAUCUCAACAGAAAUGCAUACAAAAAGCUCCUAUUACUCCCUCAAAAGGGCAUCUGAGACUGAGAAUACUUAGAAAUGUGUGCAGCGUGUGAUAA